AUGGUGAGCUACUCCCCAUGGCUAAUGGUUCCCAACCAGCACCACUCCGAAGAUCGUCAUCGCACUGAAUCCUCCAUUUCCAGUGGACUUGGUUGGUGGACUUGUUUUGCAAAUUCCAUUUGUGGAGAAGUCGAGGAAAAACACAUCAAACGAUCUUUCCUCAACGUUUCCACCAACGAAGUCCACACUCUCGAACUACCCGAGGAUGCAUGUGGAAAAAGAAAAACCAUAUGUGGAUUCUCACUAGGUUGGCUAAUCCUGUUCGACAAUCGCAACUCAUCACUCACUCUCCUCAACCCUUUCAUCGGCGACCAAAUCAACAACCUCCCACUACUCCCUCGAAAGGGCACCGUCCACAAGGCCGUACUGUCUGCAGACCCGUCUUGCAACCCUAACGGCUACAAAGUCCUGGCAAUCUUCGGAGACAAACGAGAGCUAAUUGGUUACGAACAAGGUAUGAAGCAAUGGACUAUGUUACAAGAUUAUGGAAAUCACUACGACGAUGUUCUUGUCCAAACGGACGAGGCGUUUGUAGCAGUGAGUGAGUUGGGGAAGCUUGUGUGCUGCGAUCCACCAGGUUGUAACGAACAUGUACCAGCUUCUUUCUUUAAAGGUAAAAAGGUUUAUUUAGUGAGCAUAAAUGGAGACGUAUUUAUGCUGGUAAGCUUUUCGGGGACGAGCUACUGUUUUUGGCAUGAAACCUACGACGACAAGCUUAAAAGGUUUGAGGUUUACAGGUAUGAUGAAGGACGGUGGUGCCACACCAAAAAUCUGCACGAGUUUACGAUUUUCUUGGGACAGAACCACUCAGUAGCUGUGCGUAAUGCCCCGGAUUUUAGACCUGAUUGCAUAUACUUCACUGAUGAUGAUGAAGGUAAAGUUGAAAACUCGGGCGUGUUUAGUUUGAAAGAUGGCGAAACUGAAAGAAUGCAAUGGUUUAUGCCUAGGUUGUCAUAA